GGGUCUUCAGAGUGACUGACCUACUUUAUGAAGAAAAUUCUAGGCUCAAUUUAUAGUACUACUCAGAAGAAAGCAAAAUUUUAUAAUAAGAAUAUUAAAACAAAACAAAUACAGAAAUAUAGAUAAAAUCAAAGUCAAAUUGCAUACUAACAAUAACCACAGCAAAGGAAAAAAUCAUUAAAGCACUUAUUGGGUUAAGUAGAAUAAAGAAAUAGAAAUGUAAUGAAAGGAUGGGAAAAGGAAAGGAAGUAGGAAAGAGUCAAGUGCAAACAAAAUGAAGGAAAGCUAAUUUAAAUAAAAUUGAAGCCUAAAAAAAGGAAAUAAUUUGAGAAAAAGAAUCAGAGACAAAAAUAUCUGAUUCAAAAUAAAGAGAAAUAUCUGAGCAACAUUAGUGGUUUAUAGAAUAAAUAUACUUCAAAGGUCUUUGAAAAAUAAAUUAAUACACAGGGUAAAAACAAAGAAAAUCUUAAGAAUGGCUGGGAAUAAAAGGUGGUUUGGAGAAGUUUCCUGUGAUCUGUAACAUCGGACCAUGCCAGGUGUUGGACGGUCGUGAGUCUCCUUGGAGUCUGAUUCAUCCCUGCUCUUUACGUUGGACCUGGAUAUGGUGAGCGUAUAUGUCAUGCUUCAUCAAAAGAGUCCACAUGUGCUAUGUGUAACCCAGCGACUGAGAAAUACUGAGUUGGUAGACCCAUCGUUCCAAUGGCAUGGGCCGAAGGGAAAACUUGUUUCAGAAAAUACCACCGCACAAGUGACAUCCACAGGAAGCCUCAUAUUUCAGAGUUUUGAAGAGACCAUGAGUGGGGUUUAUACAUGUUUUCUCGAGUAUAAACCAACUGUGGAGGAACCUAUUAAAAAUCUUCAACUGAAAUACAUUGUUUAUGCUUAUCGUGAACCUCGUUUUUAUUACCAAUUCACAGCCCGAUACCAUGCAGCUCCCUGCAAUAGUAUCUAUAACAUUUCUUUUGAGAAGAAACUUCUUCAGAUUUUAAGUAAACUGGUUCUUGACCUUUCCUGUGAAAUUUCCUUGAUUAAGUCUGAAUGCCAUCGUGUUAAAAUGCAAAGAGCUGGUUUGCAAAACGAAUUAUUCUUCACAUUUUCAGUUGCAUCUAUAGACACUGAAAAAGGAUCCAAGCCAUGUACAGACCAUAGUUGUGAAGCUUCCAAAAGAUUAUCUAAGGCUAAAAAUCUCAUAGAGAGGUUCUUCAUUCAGCAAGUGGAAGUCCUGGGCAAGCGUGCGGAGCCGCUGCCUGAGAUAUAUUACAUUGAGGGGACCCUUCAGAUGGUGUGGGUGAACCGCUGCUUUCCAGGUGGUCUGCAGCCCUGGAUCCUUCAAUCCCCGGGAUGGAACUCACUGCCUCCAAUGCAACAACAGCGUGGUGUAUGGAGCGAAGACAUGCAUGUAGGCCAGGGCCUUGUGGGACCCAGUCGCUCAUUCAGCAGAAAAGUAUAUUUUUGAAGUACUAAAGUAUAAUAACUCACUAUUAUGCCGAAAUUAAAUAAUCAGAAUUUACAAA